AUGACGCAACAUAUUGAAAAAGUUUGGAAGAAAAAUGUAUGCGGCAAAUGUCUCAAAGGUUUUGAGAUCAAACAGCUUCCAUCGAGACCAGAAGGUGAAAAAGUGCAUACAUGUGCCAUUGAGAAGAUUGCAAAAAAUUGGUUUCAUUCAUUUGUCACGUCACUGUGUUGUUCUUGCUCGUGUUUCUGUUAUAAGAAGGAAACUAAGUCAACUUUAGACACGGAAAGCUUUCGUGAAAAAGAAUUGUUUCGUUUACUCCUUUUAAGUCAACAACUAAACAAUCCGAAAGAAUGGCAAAAUUCAAUUUCCAAACUACAUAAUUUACUUCUUAAAACACCAGAAGAAAAAAAGCCGAAAAAUCAACAAUUUAGUUUGUAUACUUAA